GUAGCUUGGUGGGUAUAGGAUCCAGCAUACAUGUGUUUUUGAUGUUUUACAUUUUGUUUUCUGUUGCUUUGUGUCCAUUAAAUUGGAGUUAACUUGUAUUUGUCUCUUUUCACCGUAGGCCUGAUACUGCUAAAAGAGGAGAGUGAAGUACAAGAUGAAAUUGAAGAAAAAAGUCACUGUAAGAAAUAUCAUGAUAUCAUAACUGAAGUAAACUCUGAAAAGACUUCCUCAUGAAAAAGUAAUUUCACCUGCCAACAGUGUGGAAAGUGUUUCUCUACAAAAGGAAACCUGAAACUCCACCUGGACCUCCACACUGGAGAGAAGCCUUACACAUGCUCUCAGUGUGGAAAGUGUUUCACUAAAAAAGGAACCCUUAAAGGCCACAUGAGCAUUCAUACUAGAGAAAAGCCUUACACGUGCCCUCAGUGUGGAAACGGUUUCACCCAGCAAGGAAGCUUUAACAGGCACAAGAGAGUUCAUACUGGAGAGAAGCCUUUCACCUGCAAACUGUGUGGUAAGAGCUUCACAACAAAACUAAACCUCAAGUAUCACAUGAACGGUCACACUGGUGAGACUCCAUUUACAUGUGAACAGUGUGGAAGGAGCUUCAGACAUAAGGUAACCCUUAAAAAGCACAUGAAGAUUCAUGCAAGUGAAAGCAGUUUUACAUGUCGUCAGUGUGAAAUGAGUUUCUCAGACAACAAAUACCUUAAGAAUCAUGUGAUAAUUCGCACUGGAGAGAAACCUUACACGUGCCUUCAAUGUGGAAAGACUUGCUCAAACAAUACAAACCUUGGUGUUCACAUGAGAAUUCACACUGGAGAGAAGCCUUUCACCUGCUCUGAGUGUGGAAAGAGCUUCAGAUUUGUAGGAAACUUGCAGACUCACAUGAGAAUUCACACCGGAGAGAAGCCCUUCACCUGCUCUGAGUGUGGAAAGAGCUUCAGAUUUGUAGGAAACUUGCAGACUCACAUGAGAGUUCACACUGGAGAGAGGCCUUUCACGUGUCUCGAGUGUGAUGAGAGUUUCACCUAUCAGAGAGACCUGAAACAUCAUUUGUUAAUUCACUCUGGAAAACAAUUCUAGUGUUCGGCUGUGGCAAGAGAUUUACAAAUUCUAAUUUCUUAUGAAAUAAAGUUCUUGUCAUUAGGGGCAGUUGUGGCCUAAUACUUAGAAUCGGACUUGUAACCCGAAGGUUGCAGGGUCGAGUCUCCGGUGCAGCAGGAAUUGUUGAUGGGGGAUGUCCAGCGCUCUCUCCACCCUCAACACUAGGACUGAGGUGAGACCCUUGAGCAAGGCACUGAACCCCAACUGCUCCCUGAGCGCCGCACCAUCGGCUGCCCACUGCUCCGAGUGUG